CAGGACCAAGCUGAAACCAUGGCCUUCCUCUGGAUCCUUGCCUGCCUUGCCUUUGCCAGCACCGCUUACGGUUGUGGCAACCCAGCCAUCCCUCCAGUCAUCACUGGAUACUCCCGUAUUGUCAACGGUGAGGAGGCUGUGGCCCACUCCUGGCCCUGGCAGGUCUCCCUCCAGGACUACACUGGUUUUCACUUCUGCGGUGGCUCUCUGAUCAGUGAGAACUGGGUUGUGACUGCUGCCCACUGCAACGCCAGGACUUCCCACCGUGUGAUCCUGGGAGAGCACGACCGCAGCUCCAAUGCCGAGGACAUUCAGGUUAUGAGGAUCGGCAAGGUGUUCAAGCACCCCCGCUACAAUGGAUACACCAUCAACAACGACAUCCUGCUGAUCAAGCUGGCCAGCCCUGCUAAGAUGGGUAUGCAUGUGUCCCCUGUGUGUGUGGCUGACACCGGAGACAACUACCCUGGUGGCAUGAAGUGUGUGACCACCGGCUGGGGCCUGACCCGCCACAACGCUGCUGACACCCCCGCCCUGCUGCAGCAGGCUUCCCUCCCCCUGCUGACCAAUGAGCAGUGCAAGAGUUAUUGGGGCAACAAGAUCUCCAACCUGAUGAUCUGCGCUGGAGCCUCUGGUGCCUCUUCCUGCAUGGGCGACUCUGGUGGUCCUCUGGUGUGCCAGAAGGCUGGUGCCUGGACCCUGGUUGGUAUCGUGUCCUGGGGCAGUGGAAACUGCAGCCCCAGCAUGCCUGGUGUGUACGCCCGCGUCAGUGAGCUGCGUGCCUGGGUGGACCAGACCAUUGCUUCCAACUAAAUCUGUUCAUGCUGCACCAUCUGACAUCUUAAUCAUCAAUAAAUACAUUUUUAAAAAAAACAAA